UUUAGACAAGCGGAGUGAGCAAAAUGGCGGACGAAGAUAUUACGCUUGAUGGGAAACCUCUACAAUCGCUCCGAGUUGCGGAUUUGAAAGCCGCCCUGGAGCAAAGAAACCUCCCUAAAAGCGGGCAGAAAAACCAACUCAUCAAGCGACUCAAAGGGGCUCUGAUGCUGGAAAACCUACAGAAGUCAUCCUCCUCACACAGUGGGCUGCAGCCCAACUCUCAGAUAGGGGAAGAGAUGUGCCAGAACAGCUUUAUAAAACAAUACCUGGCCAAGCAGCAAGAGCUCCUUCGCCAGAGACUGGAAAGAGAAGCCCUGCAAGAGGAAGAGGCUGAUGAAAGCCCAGCCGCACCAGAAGAGGAUGAAGACCACUCUGAGGACAAUGACAGCUCUUCCUAUGUCUCUGACAAGCAGCAUCGAAUGAUGCCAUCCCAGCCCUCACUGGCCACAUCUGAGGAGAGAGGAGGAGGAGAUGCAAUGAUGGGUCAUAGCUCUGGUCCUGCCUUCCAUCGCCAGGAGUCCCCUGAGGCUCCAAGUGCAAGGAUGCAUAGAGCCACCUUUCUCCAAGGACACAAGGAGCCGCCAGCCCCCUCUCCUCCCCGUGCGGUUGCCUCCCUGUCGGUGCGUGUUCUGGGGCAGCCUGACCGCCAGGGACUGCCCCCUGCUGUGCCCCGAGCCCAGGAGAAGGAGGGCACUGCACCGAGUGAGCCAGGAUCAGCUCAUCCUGUUCUCCACCUCAGCCGAUCUGCCGGGGGUUCAGCAGGAAGUCACGCCCACGAGGACAGCGAUGAAGGUGAUGACGGCGAUGAUGAGAGUGACGAUGAGGACUGGGGUCCCGGUCCUGGCGGGGUACGAAGGGGGAACAGAGUGCCUCCCCUGCCGCAGCAGAUGCCUCCCAGUCUUCCACCAGCAGCUGCAAGGUCCAAACGCAAGCUUCAGCCUCCGCAGCACAUCCCACCGCCACAGGUACAACACACUCCCAUGCAGCUGCGCCACCCCACUCCUCCUCCCUCUCCACCCCCCAACCUGUUCUCCCUGCCUGACACUCCCAAACAGAGCCCCCCAGACACAGAUGACCAUGAGGCAGAAGGUCCUGAAGCUGCACGUGGCCCAAGGGUGGCGCCUUUCCAACCUCCCACCAUGCAGAGGCAAGACUCUGACACAAGCUCUCGUUCCAGCAGUCCUGAGCCCCCUGUGAAACGCAGGCCAGGACCCCUUUCUCUGCUUGUACACAAGAUGGAGUCAGAGGGGGCUUUCGGUGCCAUGAAGUCCACAUCAGCUGAUGGCAUGUCAUCAAAGACACCAUAUUCCACUGCUGGCUCUUCUAGUGAAUCCUCACUUCAACGAUUGGAGACAAAGAGGCAACAAGAGAACAGAGAGAUGGAGGAAGAGAGGAAACUAAAGGAGGAGAAAGAGAGAGAACGACAGCAGGAGCUGGAGCGAGAACGAAGGAAAACACAAGAGCAGGAAAGAGAGAAGAAACGCUUGGAAGAAGAGAAGGAAAAGGAGAGAAAACGACUGGAGGAGGAGAGGAAACAGCGCCAGAAAGAGGAACAAGAAAAAGAGAGAAAACGUCAAGAAGAGGAAAAAGAAGAAGAGAAGAAACGCCAGGAAGACAAGAGAAGAGAGGAGAAACGGCUGAAGGAGGAGCAGGAACAAGAGAAAGCUAUCAAACAGAGAGUGGUGGUGACUCAGGCCCAAGAUUCAGGCUCCUCAUCUGAUUCUGACUCCAAAUCAGACUCCUCUUCACGCUCAUCACAGUUUUCCUCCUCCUCUGGAGAUAAAACCCAACCUGCCAUGCAGCUGAAGAAGGCGGGCCAACGACAAGAGGCACGAGAUGAGAAAAAGAUGAACCAGAGUAAAGGGGUGGAGAAACCAUACCUUUCAAAAAGGGAGGUGUCAGAGCCCAGCGCCGCUGCUGUGACCGAGGUGGAACCAGACUCGGAGAGCUCCAUGGCUGAGCAGCCAGCCUCUGGGGCUGAGCCAGAGAACAGCGAGGGCCGCCUGGAGGAGAGCACCACUCCUAAGGCUUUUGCUGCUCGCAAGAUAUCCUUAACCAGCAGCAAGACGUCUCCAGCCACUACAGACGGAGGAGCAGGGGAGCCUGAUGCAGGGACUGCAGCAGGGAGGAAGAGGCGAUGGGGCUCCAGCACGGCAGUCACGGCUAAGAAACCAUCCAUCACAAUUACCACAGACUCCCUGAAGUGUUUAAUACCCGACAUCAAAGUAAACCAGGAGGCGGUGGUGGAGCUUCACCCAGAGGAGCUGCAGUUGUCUGGGGAUGAGGAAAACCUGGACACCAACCAGAGCGACCCAGAUAAAGGCCUCAAGAUCCGACGCACUGUCACACAGGUUGUCCCAGGCGACAGCCAGGAAAAUGGACAGACAAAUGAAGAGGAAGAGGAGGAAGAAGAAGAGGUGGAGAAACCCGAGAGAGAAAAGCAACGGAGGACUUCCAGAGACAAAAGGAAGACCAGCCUUUCUGAGGAAGCCUCGGAAACACAGACAUCUGUCAACCUUGACGGAGAGGCAAAGAAAGUUACCCCGAGCGACAGUCUGGUGCGUCGCUCGAUAAGUCAGCAGAAGUCUGGCGUGUCUGUCACGAUCGACGACCCCGUCCGCUCUAACAAGCAGCCAUCACCGCCUCGUGGAAAGAUUUCCAACAUCAUCCAUGUGACAAACUUGGUACGACCCUUCACUCUUGGCCAGCUCAAAGAGUUGCUAAACCGGACAGGCAGCGUGGUGGAAGAGGGCUUCUGGAUCGACAAGAUCAAGUCGCACUGCUACGUCACAUACGCUACAUCAGAGGAAGCAGUCGCCACCAGAACCGCACUCCAUGGGGUCAAAUGGCCUCCCAGCAAUCCCAAGGUGCUUAGCGUGGACUUCUGUGAGCAGCAUGAGCUGAACUUUCACAAAGGUGUCCUGAAGCAAGAAAGAGAGGAGGAUCCCGUUGCCCCGCCAGGUGCUCCUCCGAACCGGCUGCCCCCUCUGAUGCCUGAGCGAGACCGUGAGAGGGACAGGGAGCGCGAACGAGACCGCGAACGGGACAGAGGAGUGCGGGAUCUGUGGGCUGAGCGAGAAAGGGAGAUGCAGCGUCGGGAAAGGGCACGAGGUGAGCGAGAGUGGGACCGCGACAAGGUUCGGGAGUUCGCAAGACCUGGAGAGGAAGAACGGCGAUCUCGAUCCAGAGACAGAGAGAAGAGGAGGAGAGAGAGAGCCAAGAGCAAGGAGAGGAAGACUGAUAAGAAGGAGAAGGGAGAUGAACCUCCAGCCAAAUUGCUAGACGACUUGUUCCUCAAAACCAAAGCAGCUCCAUGUAUAUACUGGCUUCCCCUCACCGAGGAGCAGGCGGCGCAGAGGCUUUUAGACCGCACGGAGCGGCAAAAGGAGCGCGAGCGAAGGCGCAAAGAACAGCAAGAGGAGGAGGAUAGGAAACGAGAAGAGGAGAAGAAAGAGAGGCUGAAGGCCCGGGAGAAGGACGGCGGUGUGGCGGCAGGCAGUGGGGCAGCUGGGCGAGGAGCCGAUGGAGACCGAGAACGGGACCGCGGCCGAGACAGGGAGGCCAAUCGCAGCCGAGACAGGGAGGCCAAUCGCAGCCGAGACAGGGAGGGCAAUCGCAGCCGAGACAGGGAGGGCAAUCGCAGCCGAGACAGGGAGGGCAAUCGUAGCCGAGAUAGAGAGGGCAAUCGCAGCCGAGAUAGAGAAGGCAAUCGCAGCCGAGAUAGAGAGGGGAAUCGUAGCCGAGAUAGAGAGGGGGACCGUAGUCGAGACAGAGAGGGGGACAAGAGGAGGGACAGCAGCCACCGGCCCAGGCGACCCUCCCCAGGCGCUGGUAGUGGACGGCGGUCUCAUAGUCGUAGCAACCCCAGGGACAGACGCCGCUGAAGGCCCGGAGGCUGCAGGGAAAGCUGAAGAGAAAGAGGGGGGAAGCAGUGUAGCAGAGGACGCAGCAGACAGGAAGUCUUGGGAGGGAGUGUUUCCACGUGGCCAGACUCUUGCCUCAUGUUCAGGACUUGUGUCUGCUCCUCACUACCUGCCCCACUGUGCUUUAACUCGUCCACUUCGACGCCAGCGUUGUCUUCCACACACUUCUGCCAUUUCCCUCCUCCCCCCUCCCUCCCCUCGCCUUCUUAAUGUUCUCACAGGAAAAUCCUGAUUACAUUUCGUUUGUAGGAAAAUGUCGGCUCAUCUCUCUCCAGUCCCACGCUCUUCUGUUCUCUUUGUCUUCCAGAAGCAAAACUCAGUCCUUUCUCCUGUAGAGAGCAGCGUCCCUCCUCGUCUCUGUGUAGUGCUGUUAGACUUCUCCUUCAUUGAAGAAAAAGAAGCAGAGGGCGGUUGUUUUCUGGCUCGCCUCUUCAUUUUGUCCCACUGAGGUUUGGGAGCCCGCCUCUUUAUUUUAGUUCUGCGGGUACACAUUUCCUUCCUCCUCAGAGCCCUGUAAUAAAACCAGUUAAAAAUAGAUCCCUGACCUUCACAUAUUUUCUAGGAUAAGUUUUAAUGUUCCACUCUUCAGCACUAAGGUUUUGUUGUUCUUUUUUUUUUUUUUUGAAACUCACAGGCAGUCCUUGUGAAAGUAAGGAACGGUGUUUUGUUUUGUUGAAGUUUUCUGAAUCAUGUUUGUUUUUUUUCAGCCUUGGAGAGUUGUUGUGUGUCACAGCAGGUGAAGUUAGUGUUAACCUUCAUUUCCCACAACGAUGCAACUGGUCUCAACACUGUAACUAGAAAAGUGUGAUGGGAAGGGACGUGGUACAAUGCCUCAAUUUGUAUUUAGGGGAUGUUUAUGGGGAUGAGGAGAGCAAAUAAAAUGCUCCAAUAAUUACGGGAAGCUGAGUUUCCCUGAACUGAAUUCUCUAUUUGCAAACA